AUGUUUUCCCAGCCACACAGAGAAGCAUGCAACAUGUGCUUCACUUUCGCAAAUGUGAAAGAGAUUCAGUUUUACGGCUCGCGAGAAGUCUGUUGCCGAUUCAGUCAGUCAGAUACGGAUAAGGUGAAAGCUUUCUAUACCGCCUCAGAAAAGCCCAUCACCAAAGCCACCGUCGCUUACACCGUCUCCACAGUCGUCUUCAUUUCUUCCUCCGGUAUUUCAAGAGUCGGGAAGAACAAACACCUGGCACUUCGACAAAGCGAGAGGCAAAAUUUGCAGCUUUUCUAUCAAACCUCAGUCUGUUCGUUAUCUAUCAAUCUUAGUGUGGUCAUUGUUAUCACAGUCACUUUAUAUUUAUUCAUCUCCCUCCCUCUCUCAAUACAUCCAUUUCUGUUACAAUCGGUUUUUAUUUAUCUCUCGUUGGACAUCUUUCUUUACGUAUUACAUUAUAUUCGUUCCCGUCUCUUUCCGCCCAUUCAUAUAUACGAUAAGUCUAUUUCUAUCUAUCUAUCUAUCUAUCUAUCUAUCUAUCUAUCUAUCUUGUUGAUAUCCAUCUAUCUUUUUCAUAUUUCUAUAUCUUUUUUCAUUUCUAAUAUCUAUCUCAUAUUUAUCACAUAUCUAUUUAUCUCAUAUCUAUUUAUAGCAUAUCUAUCUCGUAUAUAUUUAUUUCAUAUUUAUAUAUCUGUCUCAUAUCUAUCCAUCUAUAUAUCUAUCCUUUUCAUAUCUAUCCAUUUAUCUUCUUCAUAUUUCUAUAUCUUUUUUCAUAUCUCACAUCUAUCUAUCUAUCUAUCUAUCUAUCUAUCUAUCUAUCUAUCUAUCUAUCUCAUAUUUAUUUAUUUCAUAUCUAUUUACCACAUAUCUACCUAUCAUUAG